GUGGUGACGUCAGAACGCACCGCACGCUGCUGACGUGUAGGUCAGGAAGUGGCUGUUGAGUGGAGGUAGCAUCUAGCCAGAAACUCUUGAUAUUCCCCUUCUUUACAAGCCUUUAACAUUGACAGACCAAUAUGAAAUCCAACAGUUGGGUGCUAAGUUAGCUGUCUGAUAACAAAGGAAGACGAACCGAGCCUAUUGCACAGGUGUGCUUGAAUGCAGCAGUUUUAUGAAGAAGUGUGAGUGACGUGCACAGCAACAAUGGGUAGGAGGAGGGUUCCGGAUCUGUACAGAGCCCCCUUUCCCUUAUACACCAUUAAAGUGGACCCCAAAACAGGGCUGGUGAUCACAGCAGGAGGAGGCGGGGCUUCCAAGACGGGCAUUAAGAAUGCUAUGCACUUCCUGGAUCUGCAGCUGGUUGGAGAGCAGCAUUACAGCGCCAGCCUGCUCCACGCUCACGACACGGACACCCGUGCCACCAUGAACCUGGCGGUGGGGGACGGAGUGAUCGCUGCGGGGCAGGACGGCAGCUGCAGCCUGAUGAGGUUCAGACACAGCUCGCAGAGAGAGGAGGACAGCGCUGAGGCCAAGCAGGAUGAGGACUACGCAGGGAAUAGCGAGGGGAAGGCCCGGCGACGUGGGGGGAAAGGAGACAGAAGAGGACAGGAUGAGGCGGCAGCAUCUGGAGACAAGUCGGACAUGAAGGACGAGACGUCCCACAUCUCUGUGACUCCGCUGGCUGAGGUGCAGUCAGACCUGAACCCCAAGGACCCCCUCCAGAAGGUGGUCCGCUUCAGCCCCGACCUGAGCCUGCUGCUGACGGGGGGCUCCGACGGACACAUACGGGUGUGGGAGUUUCCAUCCCUGAAGAAGAAGUAUGACUUCAAAGCACAUGAGGGGGAGAUUGAAGACUUGGAUAUGAGUCCAGGGAACAAGCACCUGGUGACCGUGGGCAGAGACUUCUCCUGCAGCGUGUGGAGCGGCAGUCAGCUGGCCAUGGGUCUCAACUGGCUGGAGACCACGCCUCAAAUAGCAGAGAAGUCUUAUCGAUACAUGGCAUGCAGGUUUGGAAAGGUAGAAGACCAAAAAGACGCCCUGAGACUUUACACCGUGCAGAUCCCCCACAAACGGGAAAGAAAACCCCCUCCCUGCUACCUCACCAAGUGGGACGGAAAGAGCUUCCUGCCCAUGCUGACGGCCCCCUGCGGCUCUGAGGUCAUCUCCAGUCUGGCAGUCAGUGACUCCGGAACAUUUCUCGGCCUUGGAACUGUAACAGGAUCAGUGGCUAUCUACAUCGCUUUCUCCCUGCAGAAGCUGUAUUACGUGCAGGAGUCUCACGGCAUUGUGGUGACAGAUCUGGCCUUCCUGCCUGACAUGCUGAAAGGCAAAGACAUCAAAGGGAAUAAUGAAACGGCCAUGCUGAGUGUCGCCGUCGACAGCCGCUGCCAGAUACACACCGUCCCCAAUCGAAGAUCUUUUCCUAUCUGGCUGGUGCUGUUCUGCUGCGGCUUCAUAGUGGUGGGGGUCGUCCUCCUGCUGCAGUACCUCUUCCCAGGAUUUAUUUAAGUCAUGCGAGUGAUGUCACGGAUCUGUCAACAUCAGCAGCCCCCCCCACCCCCCCACUGUACAGCCUCUCUGCUGACAUCAUGGCCCUCAGCUCCCUCAGGGUGGUUCCUCUCACCAGGAUAGACUGGGGGGGUUACUUUGAUCUCUAUCAAUUAUUCUUAAUCUUUUCUUGAAUCAUGUUCAGAGAGUUGGAGGGCUCAGGUUCGUGAAUAUUUAAAGUGUGGGAUCCUUAAUCUACAUAUUUAAAGAACAGUGUACACAUUUACAAAUGAAUGACACAUAAUGACACAUAAUGAGUCUGGUUCGGUGUUUUGUACACACUGACACUCUAAAUCAGCCUCUCUGAAUAAGUGCUUGAUAAAGCAUUUAUAAAGGCAUGUUAACUUUGACUAGGAUGCCCAAUGUUAACUCAAUAUGACAUCACAACAGUGCUUACAGUCCAUAGGAAGCAGGGAGAUGUGUGAUGACAUGUUAUUACAGCAGAAUAUAGACCGGCCCAUAUUUUAUGAAGACGUUUAUUCAAAAAUUUACUGCAAAUGUUGCCCAGCUGAUGUACAAAAAUGUGAAUUAAUCUUUUAAAUGAUGCCCAGAUUAUUGUAACUAAUUUGGUGGAAUGAAAGAAGAAAUAAAAUAUAAAUAUGAAU